GGGCGGCGGCGUCAUGGCGGAGGCGGCUUUGGACGCCGUGCGGAGGGAGUUACGAGAAUUCCCGGCGGCGGUAAGGGAGCUCAACGUGCCUCUUGCUGUGCCUUACCUGGACCAGCCCCCAACUCCACUCCACUUCUACCGGGACUGGGUCUGCCCCAACAGGCCCUGCAUCAUCCGCCACGCCCUGCAGCACUGGCCAGCCCUGCAGAAGUGGUCGCUCCCCUACCUCAGAGCCGCAGUGGGCUCCACGGAGGUGAGUGUGGCGGUGACCCCGGAUGGUUACGCGGAUGCCGUGCGAGGGGACCGCUUUGUGAUGCCCGCCGAGCGCCGCCUGCCCCUGAGCUGCGUGCUGGACGUACUGGAGGGCCGAGCCCAACACCCAGGAGUCCUCUACGUCCAGAAGCAGUGCUCCAACCUCCCCACCGAGCUGCCCCAGCUGCUGUCUGAUCUGGAGCCGCACGUGCCCUGGGCCUCCGAGGCGUUGGGAAAGAUGCCUGAUGCUGUGAACUUCUGGCUGGGGGAGGCGGCUGCCGUGACAUCGUUGCAUAAGGACCACUAUGAGAACCUCUACUGUGUGGUCUCGGGAGAGAAACACUUCCUGCUGCAUCCGCCCAGUGACCGGCCCUUCAUCCCCUAUGAGAUGUACACGCCAGCAACCUACCAGCUCACUGAAGAGGGCUCCUUUAAAAUGGUGGAUGAGGAGGCCAUGGAGAAGGCAAAGGUGCCCGAGACUUGCCUGCUCACCAUUCGUGUCCUACAGGCCCAUGGCCUGCCCUCCAAGGACCUAGUGACCCCCCCGGACUGCUACGUGACUGUGUGGCUGCCCACGGCCUCCAGCCAGAGGCUGCAGACACGCACAGUGAGCAACAGCAGAAACCCCAUCUGGAAUCAGAGCUUUCGCCUCCGCAUCCACAGGCAGCUCAAGAAUGUCCUGCAACUGCAAGUCUUGGACCAGGACCUUCUGACCAGCGAUGACCCCGUGCUGUCGGUGCUGUAUGAUGUGGGGACGCUGCGGAUUGGGGAGUCCCGCUGCGAGCGCUUCCUUGGGAGCCCUCAGGCAAGGCUGCGUCAGGGCGGGGAGGGCCAUCUGGAAGUUGAAUUUCGGCUGCAGAGUGUGACCGACUGUGCCGAGCGGCUGGUCAGCAAUGGCAUCCUGGUGGCCCGGGAGGUCUCCCGCUUGCACGUUCGACUGGAGGAGGCUGGGGACCAGAAGGGGUCAGAAGGCAGAGUUCAGCUUGUGGUUCCCGGGUCCUGCGAGGGUCCCCAGGAGGCCUCGGUGGGCACUGCCUCCCGCUUCCACUGCCUGGCCUGCUGGGAGCCGGAGCUGAGCAUCCACCUGCAGGAUGCCCCCCAGGAGCAACUGAAGGUGCCCCUGAGGGCCCUGCCCUCUGGCCAAGUGGUGAGACUCGUCUUCCCUACGUCCCAGGAACCGCUGAUGAGGGUGGAGCUGAAAAAAGAAGAAGGACCGAAGGAGCUGGCCGUGCGGCUGGGCUGCGGGCCCUGUGCUGAGGAGCGCGCCUUCCUGAGCAGGAGGAAGCAGGUGGUGGCCAAGGCCCUGAGGCAGGCCCUGCGGCUGGACGGAGACCUGCCCGAGGAUGAGAUCCCAGUGGUAGCUGUUAUGGCCACUGGUGGUGGGAUCCGAGCAAUGACUUCCCUGUAUGGGCAGCUGGCCGGCCUGAGGGAGCUGGGCCUCUUGGAUUGCGUCUCCUAUAUCACAGGCGCCUCGGGAUCCACCUGGGCUUUGGCCAACCUCUACGAGGACCCAGAGUGGUCUCAGAAGGACCUGGCAGGGCCCACUGAGCUGCUGAAGGCCCAGGUGACCAAGAGCAAGCUGGGUGUGCUGGCCCCCAGCCAGCUGCGGCGGUACCGGCAGGAGCUGGCCGAGCGUGCCCGCCUGGGCCACCCGGCCUGCUUCACCAACCUGUGGGCCCUCAUCAACGAGGCGCUGCUGCAUGAUGAGCCCCAUGACCACAAACUCUCAGACCAGCGGGCAGCCCUGAGUCGCGGCCAGAAUCCUCUGCCCAUUUACUGUGCCCUCAACACCAAGGGGAGGAACCUGACCACCUUUGAGUUUGGAGAGUGGUGCGAAUUCUCCCCCUACGAGGUCGGCUUUCCCAAGUACGGCGCCUUCAUCCCCUCCGAGCUCUUUGGCUCCGAGUUCUUCAUGGGGCGCCUGAUAAAGCAGCUUCCUGAGUCUCGCAUCUGCUUCCUGGAAGGUAUCUGGAGCAACCUGUAUGCAGCCAACCUCCAGGACAGCUUGUACUGGGCCUCUGAGCCCAGCCAGUUCUGGGACCGCUGGGCACAGGACCAGGCCAGCCUGGACAAGGAGCAGGUCCCCCUUCUGAAGAUAGAGGAGCCUCCCACGGUGGCCGGCAGGAUAGCCGAGUUCUUCACUGACCUUCUGACACGGCGCCCACUGCCCCAGGCCACCCACAACUUCCUGCGUGGCCUCCAUUUCCACAAGGACUAUUUCCAGCAUCCUCACUUCUCCAGCUGGAAAGCCACCAAACUGGACGGGCUCCCCAACCAGCUGACACCGGCAGAGCCCCACCUUUGCCUGCUGGAUGUCGGCUACUUUAUCAACACCAGCUGCCCGCCCCUCCUGCGGCCCACACGGGAGGUGGACCUCAUCUUGUCGCUGGAUUACAACCUCCACGGAGCCUUCCAGCAGCUGCAGCUCCUCGGCCGGUUCUGCCAGGAGCAGGGGAUCCCGUUCCCACCCAUCUCGCCCAGCCCCGAGGAGCAGCAACAGCCUGGGGAGUGCCAGCUGUUCCUGGACCCGGACCGCCCCGAGGCGCCGGCCGUGCUGCACUUCCCCCUGGUCAACGACUCCUUCCGGGAGCACUCGGCCCCUGGGGUCCGCCGGGCAGCUGAGGAGAAGGAGGCUGGGGAGGUGAACCUGUCUUCGUCCAACUCCCCCUACCACUACUCGAAGGUGACCUACAGCCAGGAGGACAUGGACAGGCUGCUCCAGCUGACGCAUUACAACAUCUGCAACAACCAGGAGCAGCUGCUGGGGGCCCUGCGGCAGGCGGUGCAGCGGCGGAGGCAGCGCAAGCAGCGCGGCCCCAGUGACGGCGGCACCCUGGCCGGGGGCUCCAGCCCCUGACUCUCUUUCAGGCUCACUCCCCAUCUGUCCGGCUGCUCUGGUUAAGUGGGGCAGAGACCGUCAUCGCCAGGUGUUCCAGGACCUCUGGGGGUGUGGAUGGCCCCGUCGGAGGCCACAGCCCUGUGAGGGGCUGCCCCACGGUAUGUACCCAGCACCACCCAGAUGUGGCACUGGCGCCACCAGCAAGCCUGCCACAGACACCUCCGGGUGGGUCGAGCCCUCUGAACGGGCUGGAGCCUGGUCCCUGAGAUGCGGGCCGGAGACGGCUUCCUUUUAGUCAGGGGAAGAUUCUGUGUCAGCUGGGGGUGGAGCUGGGGAGCCCAGAGCAGCACUGACCAGAUUUGUGUGAGGGCUCAAAGCCCAUGAUCUUGUCUGUCCUCCCUUCCUUGUUACCUUGAGUGGUUGUACAGCAUAAAAUAGAGCGCUUUCUCUAUCACAGAGGUUCAUACAAA